GUUAGAAUUUGUAUUGUUGUUUUUGAGAUUAGAUUUAAAAUCCAGAUUUUUCCAUUAUUUUAAUAUUGCCACAUAAACAAUAAGUGUUACACGUACUAGUUCAGUGGUGCUUUGUUCGCGUACAAUCAUGUUAAAAGCCGUGAUCUUAAUUGGGGGACCACUGAAAGGAACUCGUUUUCGGCCACUUUCUCUGGAUAUUCCAAAACCGCUGUUUCCAGUUGCUGGAUUGCCCGUGAUCAGACAUCAUAUCGAAGCCUGCACAGCAGUGAACGAGCUGAAGGAAAUUUUGAUAAUCGGAUACUAUCCAGCGAGCCAUUUGCAACAGUUUGUUAAUGAUAUGCAGCUGCAGUAUAAUAUUGUAAUCAAAUAUUUACAAGAAUUCACUGCCCUAGGAACUGCUGGAGGAUUAUAUCAUUUUCGGGAUCAGAUUAGAUCCGGAUCACCUGACGCAUUUUUCGUUUUAAAUGGAGAUGUUUGUGCAGAUUUCCCUCUCAAAGAGCUGUACGAAUUUCACAGAGAAAGAUCUGCCACUGCCUUGGUCACUGUGAUGAGUACUGAAGCCACACAUCAACAAUCACUUAACUUUGGCUGCAUGGUAAUCGACAAAAAAACACAAGAAAUAACCCACUACGUUGAGAAACCCAGCUCGUAUGUUUCAACGUUAAUUAACUGUGGAAUUUAUGUUUUUUCCCUGAAGAUAUUUAACACAAUUGGAGAAACCUUCAACAUCAAACAAGAGGAAUAUUAUAAGAAUGGAAACGGAAAUGCUUGUAAAGAUGCUGGAUAUCUUCAACUGGAACAGCACAUUUUAACAUCACUCGCUGGAACUGGAAAAAUGUGUGCAUUGCAAACAAGUAACUGGUGGUCCCAGUUAAAAACGGCUAGCUCAGCGAUUUAUGCCAAUCGCCACUACCUUGAAUUAUGCAAAGAAAAACACCCCGAAAGACUAGCAAUCGGAAAAAGAGCUGAACUUUGCACAAUUAUUCCCGAUGUUCAUAUUGAUCCAACCGCUGAUGUCCAUCCGACUGCUGUAAUCGGACCCAACGUAUCUAUUGGCCCUGGUGUUCAAAUUGGGGCUGGUGUGAGGAUAAGAGAAAGCAUAGUUCUGGAUGCUGCAGUCAUUGAAGAACGCAGUUUAAUACUACAUAGCAUCAUUGGUAGACAUUCCAGGAUCGGGAAAUGGGCAAGAGUUGAAGGAACGCCUUGUGAUCCCGAUCCCAACAAACCUUUCGCCAAAAUGGAAAACCCCAGAUUAUUUAAUAAUGAUGGAAGACUCAAUCCCUCGAUAACCAUUCUGGGAUGUUCUGUGAGCGUGCCAUCGGAAACCAUCUUGCUGAACUCCAUUGUUCUGCCCAAUAAGGAAUUGUCACGAAGCAUUAAAAACGAAAUCAUAUUGUAAAUUGUUUAAACGCUGUAAAUAAUAUUCCAUAUUUUGGAAAUUAUUAUAAGAAACUGUAAUUAAGAAUUUAGUUAAGUUUGAUUGAUAUCAGUGUAGCCAUAUUUUUGACUGGAAUAAAAACUGUUCUAGUUUUAAAA